UACAAUUUGGAGCUUGAAGGAGUGCAACAAUGAACGAGGAACCAGUUGGGGCACCAGCCUCUGUCACAGAGCCAGAGGCAAAAGAUGUGGGACAAAGCACAGAGACGAUCAGCAGUGAAACAGAAAUAUCAACAGAGAAAAACCCCCCCAGCUCAGAUCCUGUAAAGGAAACUCCAGUACAAGUCAAGGAGGAAGAUAAGGCUGCUGGUUUAGAGCCCCCUGUUGACUGGUUUGAGCCCCUGGAGGAUGAUGACUAUGAUGAAGCUGAAAGUCUGGCAGGAGAAAGUGAAAAGAGUGUGAGCGUGGCGGGCAGCGAGAAGAAUAACAAGAAGGUUUAUAAAUUUCAGCUUCCCCGUCGCAAGCGAUCGCAUCCCGAUGAAGGAUGGGAAGAAUGGCCAAUUCUUGGAGAUGGUUGGAAACGCAAAGAAGUAGUCCGGCGCUCAGGUUCUAGCAUUGGACAGAAGGAUGUAUAUUACUUGAGUCCGCGAGGGGAUCGAGUGAGAAGCCGAGUAGAGCUGAUGUCAGCGAUGGUGGCAGUUGACUUGUCAACCUUUGAAUACAAGUCAGGAAAGUUUAUCGAAGGCGGACUACCCACCACGAGAGUUCGCAACAGAGCCAAGAGGAAAGUCCCGGAGAGUUCCUCCUCAGAGUCCAGCUUUAUGGAGCGAGGGGAGGGGGCCGACACUCCAGACUCCUACCACAGGCUCACCCCCAACCUUCCGCCCAAAAACGUCCCGCCCCAACAGAGUGUUUUGUCCUCCAACAGCACAGUAGUAAUUCCAAAACAAGAAUAUGAAGAACCACCGGCAGAAGAGAAAAAUAAAGUUCAACUUCCUUCAUCAUCCAGAGCACUCCCCCUCCCCUCCAUAAAUGGGGAAGUCGGCUCUGAGGAAAACACACUGGUUUGUUCCAGAUGCAGUAUUUCCUUCAUAGGCACGUGGUACGACAAACAAAGGAAGAGGCCCUGCUGUCCCAGCUGCUGGGCCAGCUCGAAGACGAAAGAGCAUCCGAUGGUUCGAUUCAGAAAGUGGAUUCCCUGCGGACAGUGUGUGGGAUGCCUGAACACGGUCAACUGUGGGCAGUGUGCCAACUGCAAGAAUGGACUGCAGAGCCCAGAGACAGGAAAGCGCUUAUGCCGGAAACGCAAAUGUAUUUGUCCUAUUCGCAAGCAGGGCCCUGGAAGUGGGGGCUUCAUGCCGCAGAGGCCUUACAACGAAAUUCCAGAGACGUUUGAUGAAAUCAUGGGUUCUUGCUACACUACGCAGAAUGAAGUCACGGACUCGCAGCAGCUGAGUCUGAAGAGUAGCGACACAGAGAACUUCUCCGUCAACGUGGACCUCGAUGACGACGAUGACAUGUCGACUGACGAUGAUGAUGAUUGGCAUAAGAAGCGGAAGCGACGGUCCUGUGGAGAAUGCAAAGCCUGUCUCUGCAGGAAAGACUGCGGCACGUGUGAUUUCUGCGUGGACAAACCAAAGUUCGGAGGCAGCAACAAGAAGAGGCAGAAGUGUCGACUACGUCAGUGUCAGAGACAGGCGAUGAGACACUUGCUGCCGUACCAGAUGGGACAAGCAGACCUCGGGCCAGAGAGCUCACUGUUGCCGGGCAGACCUCGACCGCACUACACAUACAGCAGAAAGUCAGGUCUAAAGAAAAACAAAGGAACAUCGGGCUUAGACUUCACUGACAACGAAGACGACGACAGUAACCUGCAAGGAAUGAACUGGAACCCUGAGUUUACCAGUGAUAACAGUCUCUCCUACGAACUGAAUGUGACAAACCACCAUCCAUCUAUGCAGUUAAAUCAUUUGGAUUUCGGGCAGCUGAACGGACUCCCUGACAGAAUUCCUGACAUAAGCAACAACAACAACAGCUUUGAACAGGACCAGCUGAGCAGAUGGGAUGCAGAGAAAUCACGCGCUGGCAGACAUGGUCAGAGACAUGUUGAAGAAGAAGACGAGGAAGAUGAUGAUGAUGACUACGAGGAAGAGGAUGAGGAGGAGGAGGAUGAGGAGGAGGAUGAAGAAGAUGAGCUCCCCACGAUCACACAGAUCUUCAGUUUGGCCGAGAGCCAGACUAGCAGUGGUGUGGACAUCGAGAACCAGCUGAUGAAGCUGCUCCAGUCUUUGCGCUCCUCGGUCAUGCCCAUCCUGUGGUACGCCAUCCUGGUUGACGGCCCUCAGCUGCAGAUCAUCCAGUGCUCCAAACAGUCCAACCUGACGGACGCCAUCGUGCUGAUCGACCCGGGCUUCUGCUACCAGGUCACCGUCCAGAAGCAGCCGCUGCUCCCCACACACCCGCUGUACGAUAAAUACCCGGCACGUCUAACCUCCGUCACCGAGGUGGUCAACCUGCUGCUGGGCCUGGAGGAGUACGUGGUGUGCCAGGGACUUCCCCCCAAAUACCCUGUAUUUAAAAAGGACCCUAUCAUACUGGAGCGGGCGUCAACCUGUGAUUUCCUGGUGAAGAAGAAGGUGAGCAUCUGUUCAAACUGCAGAGCGCUGCAAGGACUUUAACUGGAGCAGGGACAGAGGAUCUUUGACGGGUCUCUAGUGAAGCUUUGUGUUUUUUUGUUUCCUUUCAGUGAUAUACAAUAUAAUAUAUAUGGUAUUUUCACAGAUUUACCUCUGGAUUAUUAUUAUUUUUUAAAACCACCAAAGGCAUUCCAGGACGCGUUUCUCCUCACGUGUUCUGUUCUGUUUCUUUGUUUUGUUAUGACUGUUAUGGCAGGUUUGGAGACGGGUCGAGAUGAAAUCCAUUAGCUGGCUGUGUGGUUAUCCUGCGGUGUCGAUAACCCUCACCCCACCUCCAUCACUACACUUUUGAUUAGUUAUUUACUCCUCCUAAAUAUUAUCUCUCUUAGCCCAAAAAUGAAAAUGCCAUGCCCCCUCUUUUAUCUCUUCUCCCGCAGCACUGACAACCGUGUCAACAACAUUGGUCACGUCUACCAGAUCUAAUGGAUUUACCCAGCAGCCUCAAGUCUUCUGAACAAAACGAGUUAUGGUCUUGUUGUGAUUAUAUCUAGGCCAGUUAAUCAGUUCUAGUUUUGUAGUUGAUUUGACUCCACUUGUUUCUUAAAUGCAAGCAGUUUAUGAAGGCAUCAGAAGUUCUGAGUUUUUUUUCCUGCACUUCUGGCACUAACCUGGACGCCAACGCCUCGAUAGUUUUUUGUGUAUACACGCAUUUGCCUAAAAAGACUUUGAAAAGGAUGGCUGGAAUAUGGUAUUUUAAUAUCACAUAUGACUUUGAGACAGAUUAUGUUCAUGUAAACAUCUUUUUUUCACCUUGUCUUUUUUUAAUUUAAUGGAAAUCAACAUCAAAACAGUUCUUUCAUUAAAUGUUUUCCUGCAGUGUUUGCACUAACCUGUUAAAAUAUUAUUUAUACACACAUGCGCCUAAAAAUAAUAGAAAAUAUGGCGUUUUGUGCUCCAGUAUGUUUUUAUUGACAUAUGACAAAUGUACCUAUGAGUUUACUUUUUCCACCUCCUCUGUUUUUAAGUCAAUUGGAAAACAACAAAACAUGGGCAAAGGUGAACUAUGAAUUUACCAAAAUGAUACAAAACCCACGUGGGGGAAUGAAGUCGACGUAAUCAAAAAGGACAGAUUAAAAACAGCAAUGUCGUGGUCCUGGGGUCGAGACAUCAAUUAUACCUAACGGUUAGUGCAGGACGGACAAGUCUCCAAAUAACAGGGUGAAGUUUGCAAAGAAAAAGCCCCUCUACCUAUUUUUAAUACAACAGGAUCUAACACUUCAGGAGUCCUUCACCGUGUAUCGUUACGAACAGUUCGAUAUUAAAGGGUCUUUUUUUUUUGGACGAAUACAUUCAAAGCCCUAUGAGUUAAGAAAUAAUGGGUUACUUUUGAAACGCAGUGCAGUGAAGCUAAGUCAAAUUCAAAAGUAAGUGAACAAUUUACAGCUAACGAGUGAACAGUGUAACACUGCUAGCUAAAUAUUCCUCCCCCAGGUAACUUUUUCUCAGCAGAAACACCUCAUCUUUUCUUCAUGCAUCAUCAUUAGGGGCUGCGGCGAAGCUUUUGCACUUGAUAAGAUGUUUUGUAGCCAAAAUUCAUCGAGCAGAUGACGGCUUUGUGUAUUUAUUUGGACGAGUAGCGGUUUAAAUAAUAUGUUCCAUUUCUGUUGUGAAUCGUCAUGUUAUUGAUUUUGAAUAUUGUGUUGUGUGUAAAUUGUACAGUAAUUCAAUUUUCCGAGAUUGAAUAGAAUUUUCUCUAUUGGGACAUUUAUAGAGUGACACAAGACUUUACCUACGCGGAGGUUUAUGCAUUCUUAACAUAUAUCAGGUUGAUGUUUGUUAUCUCGGUUUCCUCGAGUCACUGAAAUGUUUAAGUUCAGUUUAAAUUCUUUGAAAAGCCAUUGCUAUUGUUAAACUUUUAAAUAAAUAAAAAAUUAAACCUA